AUGGCGUCCGUACCGAGAGGCCUCAUUUCUCGCAUCAGCCACCCUUCUCCCUCGCAAUCUCUACCCGUUUGUAGUUUCUUUCUCCUCCAACGAUUCAGCUCUGAUGCUAGGGCCGUCGAGGGUAUUGAAUCCGAUAUAACCGAGGUUCCGUAUCAUCGAGGCAAAACCCGGGUUCCUAUUUCUAUUCUCUGGGUCGAUGACAGCAUCGUCUCUCAGGUCAAGACCACUGAGAAAGAAGGGAUCUUUGCGUUAUAG